AGCUACCAGUUUCUCUGUCACUAUACGGAUCUAUUCUAACUUUUAAUAGGCAGCACUGGAAUUCAAUUUUUCAUUUCAUGCUAAGGAUUCAAGCAUGGGCACUUUGAUACGUGGUCCUGCACGUUGUCGGAGAAGGAUGCGCGAUUUGCUAGUUUCCAUAACAACGUUGAUGCUUGGAUUCUGCCACUCAGCCUAUGCAGAACAUUUGUAUGUGAGUAAUGGAACGCAGAUACUAAAAGUGAAUCUAGAUUCCAAAGAUGUUGACGCACUGCCAAUGAUUGGUACAAAGAUAGUGUCAGUGGCAGCGGACAUCGCCGAAGAUUUAUUGUUCUGGUCUGAUAACACUAAUGGGACAACCCGGAUUUACCAGUCAUCUCUGAACGGAUCCCACCAAGAAGAGAUUAUCACUGACAUAUCGCAGUGCAAUGGACUGUCGGUGGAUUGGAUCUCCAAACAUCUAUAUUGGACAGACGCCAAGCGGCAAGUGAUAGAGAUGGCGAACUACGACGGUAGCGGCAGACGCAUUGUGGGACGCGCUGGACUUGACGCGCCGCAGGGAAUUGCAGUUGAUCCCAUCUUUGGGUAUAUUUUCUGGGCUGAUGUAGGAAAUAAGAAGUUAUAUCGUGCCAGAUUAGAUGGAACAGAUCGACAAGUCAUGGUGAACAAUCGCUUGACGUUACCCAAUCAGAUUGCCAUUAGUUAUGCAACAAGACGUGUUUAUUGGGUAGAUGCCUGGUCCCAAGCUGUCAUGUCAUGUGACCUGAAUGGACAAAAUGUAUUGGUCGAAAGAAAUGUAUCAUUUGCUGCUGUGGGAUCAAAAUUAUUUGGUCUGAUCGUCAUUGGCAACAAGGCUUAUGUCAGUGCCUGGGCGGGAACAGCAUUAUACUCAACCCAGGUUGCUACAAAAAAUGGAAUCUCCACAAAACUGGCAUCAGGACUUGGUCGUGGUAAAUUGUACAGCCUCUUGUCAACAGAAAAAGCUGUGCAACCAAAAUCUUAUCACCCAUGUGGGCAAGAACGUGCCAAAUGUUCACACCUGUGUUUGCCACUAGGGGGCACCACCCACCGCUGUUCCUGCCCUACGAUUGGAGGGUUGGCACUGGCCAGGAAUGGGAAGACCUGUGAAGUUCCAGAACAGCUGUUAUUUUACACCAUGCAGAACACAGGAGAAGUGGGAUUUGUCUCCCUUGAAGGAUCAAGAACACCAGAUGGCACCAUCGUGGCCUUCAGCUGUCAUCCCACAGCAGUGACCUAUGACCCCGUCAACCAGUUUGUUUACUGGAGCGACACUCAUGAGAAGAAGAUCUACAGAGCCCAGCUGGAUGGCACAAAGAAAGAAGUCUUCCUUAAUAGUUCUUCAGGCAUCGGAGUUGUUGAAGGUAUGGCAUUUGAUUGGAUACGACAGAGGCUUUACUUUACCAACAGUGGCCAGUCCCUGCCCACCAUAGAUGGUGCAGUUUACAGCUGGCACAGGAUUGAAAUGAUAACGGUGGACAGACAGAGACGGAUGGUCAUUGUGACGAGUGUGGAGAAGCCCCGCGGGUUGGCUCUUGAUCUAACCCAGGGCUAUCUCUACUACACAGACUGGGGACGACAUCCCCAAAUUGUCUCGACUUGGCUGGAUGGCUCCAAUCCCACAAUUCUGCUGGAUCGUGACAUCAGUAACCCUAAUGGCUUGGCAACCAGUCAGGGACAGGUGUAUGUGACUGACUCAAACUACAGUAACCGGUCGACAGAGGCUAAACUUCUGGUCUACAAUUCCACAGAUAAUAGUUGGAAAACAUUCCUGGCUGGCACUGUGAAGGUACCGAUGGGUAUUGCUGUUCAUCGCCAGAGGCUUUAUUACACGGACUGGGGCUCCACAACCAAGGAGGACAAUAUUGGGGCAAUUCUUCAGCAUGAUCUACGAUUUGGGACGAGCACCGUCCGGAUGUUGACCGGAAAUAAACCCACAGGGUUGUUUUACUCGCCUCAUUACCAGAAAGUGGAAAGCUCCGACGCCUGCCUUAAUUCAGGUUGUUCCGACCUGUGUGUCCCCGCCCCUGUAACAGCCUCUGAGCCAAAGUUCCGAUGUUUGUGCCCAGACCAUGAUGGCAAAAUGCUGGCAGGUGACAACAAGACUUGUAAAGUCCCAGAGAAGUUCAUGUUGCUAGCAGAUCUGAACGCAAUAAAACUGAUGAGUUUCGACACAAACUAUAACAGACGAGUUAAAACCUUCAAGGAAGGAGGGUUAGAGAGUAACUACGUGGCACUGGCGUACAGCUCUAAAACAAAAUCCGUUUUCUGGAGUGAUAUUUCCAGUCAUUCCAUCAUGGCUGCCAGUCUCUAUAACAACACAAAGAGAAUAGUGUAUUCUGGGAAAUGGGCGAUUGACGGGAUGGAAAUUGACGAACAUCACGAUCAUCUUUAUUGGACAGCGUACAACAACGCCAGCGGCCAUAUUGCAAGAAUGAGCAUUAAUAAAGGACUAGACACGUACAAAGUGAUUGUUGAUGACUUGGACUCACCAAGAGCCAUUGUUAUUCACACAAAGAAAAGGUGGAUGUUCUGGACAGAGUAUGGCCUUAACUCUGGUGUACCCGCGGUCAAGCGGUCAAAGACAAGCGGUCAUCACAGGCGGAUUCUCAUGGAGGCUGGCCUGUUCUGGCCUAAUGACCUGGCCAUACACCGCAACUGGCUGUACGUGGCGGAUGGAUUUUACAGGCAGAUCCACUCCAUGGCGUUAGAUGGUUCCCACAAGAAAGAAUUGGUUUACCUGUCUGGGUCCAUGGAUCAUGUGUUUGGACUGAACAUCCGUGGCAAUGCAUUAUUCUACACUGAUUGGCACACCAAUGGCACCUAUAUGGUUGACAUGGUAACAGGGAUACGGGAGACGGUUGCCAAGAACUUGAACAGACCCGCAGCUGUGGUCACUCACUACCCUCCUCAUAAAACGGAUGCGGCCCACUGUACCACAGGGCUACAUGAUUGUGUGUCUGUGUGUGUGCCCCUCCCAUGGGGAUAUCACUGUACCUGUCCCGUGGGGCAACAGCUUAGCAAGAUCACGCACAGGUGUGAGAAAGCUAUUGAACCCUGGAAGAUUACGGAGAGUUUCCACUGUGGCGGCUUGUGUCACAAAGAGGCUGGGUGUGCCCAGCUGGUCCCUACUCUCCACUACCAGUGUGUGUGUAAGCCUGGGUUCCAAGGGGACGGGCACAGGUGCACAGCCUGUCAAGUGAACACCUACAAAGACAGCCUCGGCAAUGACACAUGUACGCCAUGCCCGGCCAAAAAGGGCACCCGAGGGACCACUGGGGCAGUGGACUGUGUGUGUAGGGAUAGACAAGCCACCCCCAUGGGUCAAGACUGUAUUGUGCCCACCCCUGUGCCAGUUCCCCGCACCAGUAGAGGAAGGGUUCCACUGAUAACCAUCCCCAGUCAUCGACAUUCUACACAACCUACCAAAAAGCUGAACUACAUCCCUGUCACUCAACCACGUGUGCCCAAUCAGAAGACAGAUUCCAGUUUGGAGGUGGGGACAAAGAUUCAUGAAUAUUCAACAGAUAUAAAGGACUUUGAUACAGCUGGAAUACCUCCUGGCCAGCCAUUUUUCCACAACUGCCCAGGUGGAGAAACACUGCAAUUGGUUCUUCCCCCUAGCAACAGCUUGGCCCGCCUCAAAAUAAAAUGGGUUGCUAAAGAUUACCUUGGUAACCAGAUUCCAAUAAAAGCUAAUUAUCCAAUCAGAGAUGGCUUUAUUCCUCUGCGAUGGAUGGGCAAUGGACAAGAGGGCCGACAUAUUUUGGUGUUUGAAGCCACGGACAGAUGGCAGCAGUUAGCGACUUGUCAAUUCCACGUUGUCGUGAAAGAUUAUCAGUCGCCCAUAUUCACCUACUGUCCUCACAACAUCGUCGUGGCAACCACCAAUGUUGUGGAGAAGGUCAAGUGGACUCCGCCUAAGGUCACAGACAAUGUGGGCAUCCAGUCCAUUGUACAGAACCACGAAUCUGGUGAUGUGUUCGGACUGGGGCAGGUUGUUGUUAACUUCACUGCUGUGGAUGGGGCAGGGAAUGUCGCUGUCUGUAACUUUACAGUCUCGGUUCACCAAGAAGCGGAUUGUGUAUUGCCGUCACUGGAUAACGGUGCGUUCAUCUGUGGUCAGGACCCACGCCAGCUGCACAUUUGUUACCUAACGUGUGACGAUGACUUUUCUCGCAGUCCUCUCAAAAUCUUCAAUCGUCCGUACAACUGCUUUCUGAAGGAUGACAUUGCCAGACUCAGAAAAAUGCUUCAAACACAGAAACCUUGCCUGAAAAGGAGAACCCCCAGUCGUGUUCGACAAGAAUUCGGCUUGACAUUUCAGGGACCUUGUGAGUCCGGCAACAAGGAGCUUAUAACAGGUCUGUCCAAGGCCGUGGCAGAGUAUUUGGCAUCGAAACAUUUUUGCAAUGAGCCUCUUUGUGAACUGAGCAACAUCAGUGUUGUCUGCGGUACUGCCACACAUUCGCAGGCCAAGCCGGCAAACUAUCAGAGACAUCGAGAGAAGCGUGAGAAAGAAGUGGUGGCGUUCUUUGUAGUAAAGUGGAAUAUCACCAUGGAGAUAAGCGAUGAGCUGACACAGUCCAGGCUAGACAUCCUGAUGCUGGGAUUGAAGCUAAAGUUGAUCCAGCGAGUGUCUUCCAUUGCCCUCUACAUCAAGGGGAGUAACUAUUACAGCGUUCCUGGGAGUGUGGUCACUGGACCCGUAAUCCUCAUAUGUCAACUGGGAGAGGUCAAAGUUGACAGCAGUUGUGUUCAGUGUCCCCCGGGCACGAUGCACAACGUCACCUCGGGCACAUGUGUCCUCUGUCCCAAGGGCUCCUAUCAGGAUACAGCGGGGCAGUAUCAGUGUAAAGUGUGCGAUAAUGAGGGCUUCACCAUGGAGCAAGGGGCGCUUAACUCCACAGCCUGUUUGACAACUUCAUCCAUCGACGACAUGAGUAAAUUUUUGAUCAUCGCUACCUGUUGUUUUGGAUUCCUCUUCCUCAGUGUUGUGCUGUUUAUGUACUAUCAUUUCCACAAGCAGAAAUCUUCCAACAACGUCCGCGCACCAUUGGCGAGGACCAAUCGAUUAGCAGUGUCCAAUGUGUAUGCGCCAUCUCCCGUACUCUCCAAACCCAAAUUUCUCCAGGGCGAUGCGGAGAACAGAACUCUUGGAAGUAUGACGACAGGAAGUUUGUACUCCAACGCGAGCCUCUCCAGUCGAGACGCUUACGGAAACAAGCGAGACUACGUCAACGCAGAUUUCAUCAACCGCGACAUCAGUAGUCUCAGCAGUAAUCGUGACUACCGAAGCAUGAACAAACAUUUUAGCAGCAAAGAAUUCAUUAAUUCCAAUGAAUACGAGGAAGUUGACGUUGAUAGGGGCACCCCUUUAAUAGACAGGGUAUCCCUGCAGACAAAUUCAUCCAAUGAGGCAGUCCGUGAGCCUGAGAACAGUUCAUUACGCCGACUUCAGAACAACAGGCGUCCCCCUACUGGCAGAAUUAAGCGUAACAACAAUGCUCCGACAGCCUCGAGUGAGGAUGAUGAUAUGUAUGUUGUGUAAAUAAUUAUGGAUUUAUUGUGAAAGAUUUUUUAAGGCGACAAAGUCUU